CACUUUUCUCCCUAACAUUCCUGUCCUACUUCCGAUGACAUCAAGCAGCGCUGCCCAGACCGACCGGAAAGACUCUCUCCGCCUCCCUCCGUGGCACCGACGGAGCAUAACUCUCCGUUUCCCAACCCCCAUCCGCCAUCCUCGGCACCAUCCCCGCCGUCCGUCGCUACAUACAAAGCCGCAGGCAACUUGAGCACAGAUCCCAGAGCACUAUGUAUCUACUUGAUGCGAUGAUCAUCAAUCUCCUUCCCUUAGCAGACUAAAUGCACUAAUGCUCUUUUCUCUUUGACGCAUACACGCACGCACGCACAGGCACACCCACCCACACACACAGACACAUCACUCUCUAGCAUCAUGGCUCUUCCCUCAGAAUGCGACGUGCUCGUCAUUGGCGGCGGGAAUGCCGGCUUCUGCGCAGCCAUUUCGGCAGUCCAGUCCGGCGCAAAACACGUUGCUAUCAUCGAUAAAUGUCCGGAGGAAUGGGCAGGAGGUAACUCUUACUUCACGGCGGGGGCAAUGCGCACCGUCCACGGCGGAUUGCCGGAUCUGCUUCCCAUCGUGAAUAAUGUCGAUGCGGAGACGGCGAAGAAGAUUGAUAUGAAGCCGUAUACCGUGGAGGACUUCACCGGCGACAUGAACCGUGUUACGGGGCGGCGCACCAACCGCGAGCUCUGCCAGACACUCGUCAAUGAGUCAAACUCGGCGAUCAAGUGGCUGGCUAGUAAUGGCGUGCGCUUCCAGCUCUCUUUCAAUCGACAGGCGUAUGAAGUCAACGGCCGCCUCAAGUUCUGGGGUGGUCUUGCGCUGAAGACUCAAGAUGGCGGCAAGGGUCUCAUUCAGGAUCACCUGCAAGCAGCCCGGAAACUGGGCAUUAAGGUCUUCUUCUCGACCGCUGCUCAGAAACUAGUAACGGACCCGGUCUCUGGAGCCGUGACGUCCGUCGUGGUUUCGCAUCACGGCCGCGAGCAGACUGUUAAGGCUGGGGCCGUGAUUCUCGCGGCCGGAGGCUUCGAAGGGAACCCGCGCAUGCGCGCGCAGUACCUUGGACCACACUGGGACGUGGCGCUGGUACGCGGCACGCCCUAUAACUCCGGGGAUGGAUUUGAGAUGGCGAUCCGGGAUGUCUCAGCCAAGCAGGCGGGCAACUGGUCAGGAUGUCACUGCGUGGCGUGGGAUGCUAACGCACCGGCCGAUACGGGCGACCGGGAGAUCUCCAACGAGUUCACCAAGUCCGGGUAUCCGUUGGGCAUCAUGAUCAAUCGGCAGGGAAACCGGUUCGUGGACGAGGGGUCGGAUCUGCGCAACUAUACGUAUGCGAUGAUCGGACGCCAGAUUCUCAACCAGCCCGGCCACAUGGCGUUCCAGAUCUGGGACUCCAAGAUGAUCCCUUGGUUGCGGUCGGAGGAGUACCGGCCGGAGGUAGUGCAGCAUAUCAGCGCGGCCACGAUCAGUGAGCUGGCGGAGAAGUGUGCCGAGUUUGAUCUCGAGGAUAAGAAGCGCUUUGAGCAGACCAUCCAUGACUAUAAUAAGGCGGUUUAUGAGCGCCAGCGCAGGCAUCCGGGUGGGAAGUGGGAUCCGGCUGUCAAAGAUGGACUUACCACGCAGUCGGAGGGCUUGGAGCUGGCGGUUCCCAAGUCGAACUGGGCGCUUCCUAUUGAUCAAGGACCGUUCCUGGCUGUCCGGGUCACGGCGGGCAUCACUUUUACGUUUGGUGGACUGGCGGUUCGUCCGGAGACGGCGGCGGUGGUGUCGUCGACAACGAACCAAGAGGUGCCGGGGUUGUACUGCGCAGGGGAGAUGCUGGGAGGACUGUUUUAUGAUAACUAUCCCGGAGGCAGUGGAUUGACGUCGGGGGCUGUCUUUGGACGACGAGCUGGUCGGGCUGCGGCGGCGAGGGUAUCGAGCCGGCAGGCACGGUUGUAGGACUGCUAUGUUAGCAGUAUACAAUAGUAGCGUUAAGUGCUUGAGUCGCUAACAUAUAGCAGGAAUAAUAAACUAUGCAU